AUGGACUUUUUGGACUCUUCCGUCAAAGAGCCUGGCAAAAGCCUCUCGACACCAGCGCAAGUGGGAGCCUUGUCAAAAGAAAUUCACGUGAACCCUCAGCCACAGCCUGUUGUCUUUAAACAGUCUGAAGCCUUCGUCAAGUUUGGCCCUUAUGUCACGAUCGCAGAAGCACAAUGUCUCUGGAUAAUCAGACGAACCUUUGGUGACGAUAUUCUAGUUCCCGAGAUUUUCGGGUGGAGAGUCGACGAGGAGAACUACGUGUUUCUAUAUAUAGAGCUUAUCAAAGGUCAAACGCUGUAG